AUGAAGGCGUUGGUGCGCAGCUAUGUCUGUUGGCCCUUGCUGGACACAGAGAUAGAAGCCUGGGUCGGCUGCUGUUCUACCUGUCAGCUCUCCCGUCCCAACCCCCCGGCGGUGCCUACUUGCGAGUGGGAGGCUCCUAGAGGCCCGUGGUUGCGUAUCCAUGUCGAUUUCGCCAGACCCUUCCAUGGCCAGACAUUCCUGAUUGUGGUGGAUGCCUACUCUCGCUGGGUGGAGCUGGUCCUUAUGACCUCCACCUCAGCUGAGAGUAGUGUCAGGGCCCUGCGCCAGUUGUUUGCAACCCACAGGUUGCUGGACAUGAUAGUCUCUGACAACGGGCCCCAAUUCGCUUCUACCACUUUCCAGGAAUUCCUGGCCUUGCAGGGUAUCCGGCACGUGCCCUGCAAUGGCCAGGGCCAUGAAUCUAAAACUAUAUAUAUAUCUGUACUGGCGUUUGGAGUAUCAGGUCUAAUUGUCUUCACAUAUCUGCAAACCUGCAUUGAAGAUCAACGUACAGGAUCUGAAGAAAAAAUGCAACUCCAGAUGAUUAUUCAGGAAUUUGGAAGCUAUUCUACUGGGGAAUCUGAAAAACCAAGAGAAAAUUGGAUUGCAGGAAAGUAUUUUCACCAAGACAGUAAAGCUUUGAUUGAGAGUGAAGGUGAUGAGGAGCCCAAUUAUUUUGAGAAUAGAACAGAAGAUUCUUUGACCACUAAUUUUUCUGAAGACCCACACAAGGUUCUUAAACAACUCAAAGAAAUGGAUUUUUCCUCCAACAAGCAUUAUUUAAAUACAUUCUUUAAUAGGAACAAUAACUGGAAAGCUACCAAUGAGAUACAAGAGAGGCGGAAAUUUUUUCUUCGUGAUAUUUGCCAAAAAUACAUUAACAGAACCCAAAUUCCCCUUGUGCACAUGGUCUCUAGAAUAUACGUGGAAGAUAAAUACAAACUUUUGUAUUGUGAGGUUCCUAAAGCGGGCUGUUCCAACUGGAAAAGGAUUCUGAUGAUACUUGGUGGUCGUGCAAAAUCUGCUGCUAAUAUUUCCCAUAAUAGUGUUCACUAUGGAGAUCAUCUGAAGAAACUAGAUAGUUAUAAUAUAAAAGAGAUACAUAAGCGUUUAAAAACAUAUACCAAAAUUAUAUUUGUCCGUGAUCCAAUGGAAAGGUUGGUGUCUGCUUUUCGAGAGUUUGAACAUCCAAACAUUUAUUACCAUCCUGUAUUUGGGAAGGCAAUUAUUAAGAAAUACAGACCUAAUGCAGAUAAAGAGGCAUUGAUAACUGGCUCAGGAGUGAAAUUUAAAGAAUUUAUACAAUAUCUGUUAGAUCCCUAUCGGCCAUUAGGUAUGGAUACGCAUUGGGAGCAAAUCAACAAACUUUGUUAUCCUUGCGAUAUCGAUUAUAAUUUCGUUGGCAAAUUUGAAACUCUGGAAAAAGAUGCCAAUUAUUUUUUGAAACGAAUAAAUGCUCCAGAUGAGCUCUUAUUCCCGCAUUUCAAAGACAGACACUCCACAGACAAAAGAACCAAUUCAGAAGUUGUAAGUAAAUACUUGUCAGAAAUUCCUGCUACAGAGAGGCUGAAGGUUUAUGACUUUUAUUACCUGGAUUAUUUAAUGUUUAACUAUACUGUACCAUAUGAGGGAUUCCAAAUUGAUGUAAUGCAUAAUCAGCCUUACCUAUAA